GGCGGUGCUACGUGGGAACUGUAGUCCCGAUUUUUGUGGUCCCGAGUCGACCGAUCUCUUUUAUUUAGCCCUAUGCGGAUUUUCCUCUCCUUAUUUUAGGUUUAAGAUAUUCGGGUUCCGCUUUUAACUACCUCCAUUCACGGCUCCAAGAACAAAGCAAUUCCCGUUAGGAAUCGGGAAAUUGUGCCUACUUCCCCAGUUGAGGUAAAGAACCGGAAGUUGGUCCGAUUCUGCACUGCGUUCCCCCGGCAACACUUCCGGUCCGGCCCGCUUUUCCUCAGAUUCGGCGUUUGCCGAUCCGAAUGGCGGCGACUGGCUUCGUUUGGCCGCUGGCGCUUUGGAUGGUGGUAGUCGCAGCGGCGGCGCCGACGAACACGGAUAAGACGGAACCCGUCGAGACCGCGUCUCUCCCUCCUUCCCUGCCGCCGAAAGAGAAAAGCCCCGAGAGUGCCCUCCGGCCCGCUUCCACCGCCACAACCACGACGACAUCCGGGUCCCCGUCAUCGGGGCUGUCGGGAUUGGGCCUCCCGGCCCUUCACCGCGCACUCUACGUCGUGGCCGGCCUGUUGGGUAUCGGCCUCCUCUACUACCUCGGAGGCCGCACGUUUCGGACAAGGAAACCUCCACGGAAAAAAUACGGACUUCUCUCCAACUCGGAAGAUCCCAUGGAGAUGGCUUCUCUGGAGAGUGACGAAGAUACGGUAUUUGAAAUAAGGAAUGUGAGACGGUGAUAACAGGACUGGUGGGUUUUCCAGCUGGACCAGAGAAGAAGCCGUCUCACCAAGGGAAAAAGAAACUCAAACCUCUGUUAACUUUAAAAAGAAAAAGAAAAAAAUCCCUGAAGCUCCUUGCGACGUGAAAACCCAGCAGUGUGAAACUUUCUCUUCCAGGCCCUUCGAACAAGAGAAGAGUCGUACAGCCAUGACAGUGAAUGUAUCUGCCUGGAGUUGCAAAAAUCGCAGGGGGAGAAAAAAAUUACGAGGGAUUCCUCAGGGUGGUGGGUCUUUCUACCUUGGUCGCCAAUUUGGAACCAGCAGCUGAGAUGCAAAGCUGCCAUUCACAGUUUGAAGCGGGUACCAGCCGCCUCCGCUUGGGAUGGGAUCUUUCUUCUCGGGAAAGCUGGAGACCUUCUUACGGUUGGAAAAUUCAAGGAUGCACUUUGCGGCGGGCGCCGCCCUGAGUCCAGGAGGUGAGGGGGUGUGGCACAUUGGAGGACACCAAAGCCCACCAGGUCAGAUCAUUCACCAGCUUCUGCGUUAAGGAACUGCAGGCGGCCCACCUCGUUUGGCCUCUGCCUGGAUUUCCUCUUCUACUUUUCCUUUGGUUGUGUCGUUGAGACCAAAAUAUAUAUAUAUAUGGCUGCCUGCUUUUGAAUCUGGCUGUUGGUGAAGCAAUAUCAUUCCAUAAACCGUUGGAGCAAGCAAACACUCAAGCAGUUAAGUUUGACGACUAUAAACACGGUGCUGGCACCUGGUAAUUUUUGCAAGGAAAUUUCUUUUCCUUUUUUUCAGUGGAUUCCAUUUCACUGACCCCCUGUUUAAGGCUCAACUUGAUUCACGUUGACCCAUCCCUUCUUCUCCCGGGGAGAAGCAACACAAAACCACCACAGUUUGCUUAGCAAUUGGGAAAAAAAACCACAUGAUUACAAAUGAAGGAGAGCAGAAAAUGCUCCAUUAGCAUCUUAAAAACGUAACGAGACAGCAGCUGUACUUGGAGAGAGUGCAUGGUAGACCAGUAGCUGCAAACAAAAAUUAGUAAAACUUGGCCCUUCUUGGAUAGAUAGGAAAGAUACUCUCCCUCCCGCCCCCAAAUAAAUUAAUCCAGGUCAUAUUGAACAUUUAAUCCAUUGCAGUUCUUAACCUCCGACGGGAUCAUAUACCAGCGGAAAUCCGUUUUAAAGUAAUAUUUCCAGUUAAAUACAGAAGAUAUUGUAUUUGGAUAGGAUGGUACUUAGGAGAAAUAAGAACUGAAUGUUUCUUUGUUCAGCCCAAAUAAGUGAAUAAUAAUUAUUAUUCUGCUAGUGCCGUGUUUCUCAAACCUUGGGAAUUUUAAGGCAUGUGGACUUCAACUCCCAGAAUUCUCCAGCCAGCCAUGGCUGACUGGGGAAUUCUGGGAGUUGAAGUCGACAUACCUUAAAAGUUCCCAAGGUUUGAAAAACACUGUGCUACUGUAUUUGGUCAGUAUGUUACACAGAGGUAUUGUGUCCUCAAGUAAAAAAAAAAUUUUUUUUGAGGGGGACCCAAGAAAUCAGCAAUAUUUUAAUUACUGAACUGCAAAAUGAUCAGUUCAGGCAUGGUCCUUUGAUUGUUUAUUGGGACCAGCUACUGUUAAGUUGGGAGGGUUUUUUAUUAAAAAAAUGAUUUUAAUACAGUAAGCUUGUAUUAAAACGACGCAAUAAAAUGUUUUUUUCAGUUUUAAAAAUAAAGCAGGCUAAGAGAGCACCUCGAUGCUAAACUGGGAUGCUUGUGGGAUUUUUGUGUGUUUGUGUCCUCCCCAGGAGGAGGAAAAAACCCCAAAAAUUCUUGAGUUGAUGAAUAAUAAACCUUCCUCUCCUGCUUGUUGUGUCUCAUUCAAACCUGGGAAUAAAAACUGCGUUUUGUGGAUU